CCUGGCAGUCCACCAAAAUAUCUGAAAGCCCGAACUGUGCCAUAUGCCAUCAGGCCAAAAGUUGAAGCAGACCUGGAGCGCCUGGUCACCAAUGGAGUCCUAAUACCAGUUACCCAUAGCUCAUGGGCCACUCCUAUCGUUCCAAUAGUGAAGAAAGAUGGCUCUCUCCGGAUUUGCGGUGAUUUUAAAGUCACUGUCAACCCAGUGUUGUGUGCAGAGCAAUACCCGCUUCCCCGCAUCGAUGACCUCUUCGCAGGCCUGGCUGGGGGACAAAAGUUCAGUAAGAUUGAUCUGAGUCAAGCAUAUUUACAGAUGCACGUCAAUGAAAAGUCCCAAGAGCUGUUGACUAUUGUGACUCAUAAGGGGCUUUAUCGAUACUGUCGCCUACCCUUCGGAAUCACAUCGGCUCCCGCCCUGUUCCAGAGGGCUAUGGACCAGAUCUUGUGUGGCUUGUCAGGAGUUCAGUGCUAUCUGGAUGAUAUCCUGGUCACUGGAAGAAAUGAAGAGGAUCACUUAAAGAAUUUAGAGGCUACCCUACAAAGACUGGAAGAGUAUGGCCUACGAGUUCGCAAAGACAAGUGUGAAUUCUUCAAGCCCUCUGUUGAAUAUUUGGGACACAUCAUCGAUUCUGCAGGUCUUCAUAAGGCCCCUGCAAAAGUUAAAGCUAUUGUGGAGGCUCCCCCACCUCGAAAUGUAAGCCAGCUACGCUCAUUUCUAGGACUACUGAACUAUUAUGGAAAGUUCAUCUCACAGUUAGCCACACUGCUAAAACCACUUCAUGAGCUCCUUGGGCAGAACAAGGCCUGGAAGUGGACUGAAGCCUGUGAUGUUGCGUUUAACAAAGCUAAGGAUGCAUUGCUAAAUUCUGAAGUUCUAACGCACUUUGAUCCAUCCUUACCCCUGCAAUUGGCCUGCGAUGCUUCCCCUUAUGGAGUGGGAGCAGUCGUGUCACAUAUUAUGCCUUCAGGAGAAGAAAGACCUAUUGCUUUUGCUUCACGCACUCUAAGCAAAGCAGAAACUAACUACGCCCAAAUCGAACGUGAGGCAUUAGGAAUUGUUUUUGGAAUUAGGAAGUUUCAUCAGUACCUGUUUGGGCGAAAGUUUACUCUUCUUACAGACCAUCGACCUCUGACAUCAAUUUUUGGACCCUACACAGGCAUUCCCCCAUUAGCUGCUAGUCGUAUGCAACGUUGGGCAUUGAUACUUUCUGCACACACAUAUGAAAUCAAAUAUCGGAAAGUCCAAUCUGGUUGUUUGUUGUGGGGGAGGCGUGUCAUUAUUCCACCACCCCUGAGAUCACAGAUGUUAGAACAGCUACAUUCCGGUCACUGUGGAAUAGUGCGCAUGAAGGAAAUUGCACGAAGCUAUUUUUGGUGACCUAGAUUGGACAGUGCUAUUGAAGAGAAGGCAAAAGCUUGUAUGUCAUGUCAGAGUGUAAGAAAUGCACCCCAGUGGGCACCCCUACACCCAUGGGACUGGCCUGAAAACCCGUGGCAACGUAUUCACGUUGACUUUGCUGGCCCCCUUGAAGGAAGCAUGUUCUUGGUGGCAGUAGAUGCCCAUUCUAAAUGGCCAGAAGUCUCUAUAAUGCAGUCCACUACUGCAGAGAGUACUAUCCAAAAACUACGAGGACUCUUUAGUCGUUUUGGUCUGCCAGAACAACUUGUGAGCGACAACGGACCGCAGUUCGUCUCUCAGGAGUUUCAAAAUUUUAUGAAGGCAAAUGGGAUACACCACAUCACGUCAGCACCAUAUCAUCCGUCCACCAACGGAUUAGCUGAAAGAUUUGUGCAGACAAUGAAAAACGCUUUGAAAUCAGCAAAGGGACAACACUCCAUUCAAAAGCGUCUGGAUACCUUCUUACUUUCCUAUAGAAAC